CCACACUAUUUGUUUGUCAAUGGCUAUCCCGCACUGGAGCAGUAAUAGCCACAUCUGACACAUGUAUUCAUUACACUCCCACCCUAGCCUUGCUAUAUAAACGACAUGGUAUACCCAAAGGCAUUUCUGCAGACAGCCAGCAUCGUACCUUUUCUCAUCUUCAACACUAUGUGGUUUCGUACUGUAGCGCUAUUCGCAUUGUUUACUCAACUGACUGCUGCCACAUGGUCGCUCCAGCAAAAGGUCCUGUUUUACACGCUUGGACAGCAGCUGGCCAAAGCCAACACUGGCACACCCAACGAGCGCACCAUCUACAUCAAGCUGGCCGAGUUCCUGGAAGACAAGGACACAGCAAAGGGCCUCAACAACGACUUUGCCGAGUACGAUUACCGCGAGUCGCUGUACAAGGUGAUGGAGGGGCUGAACACCAAGGCGCGCGCCGAGGCCAUCAAAGAUCCUAACGGCCAGGUCACAGUAGAUUUCCUUCUCACCCGCCUCAGCCAGUCGUAUGCGCAUGCUGUCAACGCAAUGAUCUCCAGGCAAUAGGUGCUCGGACUAGAAAGUACUGCGGGACAAUGUGGCGAAAUCUCCAAGCAGGUUCUAUGUGUGAGCUCACCCAAUAGUACAUGCGCUAGCCCCAACACUGGCCAAAGUCCGCAGCUAUUAUUAUCUGCUGUGCACUCGAAUCCUCAGCAGUCGCCCUACAGCGCCUUGCACAGUCUAUAGCAGUGUACCGCUUGGAGGGGUCGACUUGGGUCGCACAGGCGCAGCCUAAAAAUAUGUGAAACUAGCCGCGGUCGCUUGCUCAUUGUGAACCCAAAAAGGCGAAUCCCUUGCUGGUCAAAAGCGCUCGGAGCAACGCGGGACCUGGACCUUUUUUCUUUUCCCAAUUUCAAUUUCCUGUAUACUUUUUAGCUUCUAAUUUAUAAUAUUUCUGCCCCUUAAUU